UGUAAACAUUGUUCUGAGUAUCAUAAAACCUCGCCAAAACCCUCUGCUGUUGCUUUACUCUCCCUGUAAGAGAGGGGAGAGCAAUAAUGUCCCUCUCUCGUCUUCUUUCAAUCAAAUUGCGACCGUUAAUCAACACAGUAGAAUGUAGAAGAUGGUGUUCUUCAGUGAAUGGUAAGGGUGAAAUUUCACAGCCGUUGAAGAAAUCAGAAGUGAUGGUGCAACUGAAAGACAGAGAUGUGGAGAUAGCUGAAAAGAAGCAUAUGACUGAAAAUGAAGAGGUCUUUCCUAGAGAAACACGUGUCCAGAAGGAAGUAGAUUCGUGGAAUAGUUUGGUAGCGACCUUUCAAAUAACUAAAAAGAAGAUAUUUAGAAAUAUUUUGGAGCAGAAGAGCAGUAGCACUCAUUCAUUAACUUCCACUUCUGAUCUUAAGGAUUCUGAUAAUGUUGUAUCUGCUCAUAGUCAUGAUAGUGGAAGUAUGAAUAAUCUUAAGAGUACAAUUCGUUCAGAAAAGACGUCUAUAACUAAUAUGGAAGAAAAUGUUGACAGUAAAACAUCUCUGUCUUCUUUUAUAGCCGUUGAGAUUGUUAAUAUGAAAAACACUUCAAAUACAGUUGAGACUGAGGAAUCGCGAAAUAUCUCGUCAAAAGAAUGUGAAGGAAGCACUGACUACGGGGUAAAUGACAUGUCUUCCGGUGCAUCAUCUAUCUGCAGGAAAGCCGAUUCCAACGACGGUGUUCAACUGAUUAAUGAUUUCCAUCAUUCAGAGUUCGUUAAGAAAGAGAGAGAACAAUUGCUAGCUGAGGAAGCAUCAUCAAGUUUACAAAUCAGUUCUGGCGAAGAGAUCCUGUCAAAAUCUGAGGACGCACGUAUCGUAGAACAUCGGAUGCAAAUUGAGAUACCUAGGACAUCACAUAGAAUUUCUGCAAAUAAAUCUGGUUCAACUGCAUCUGAAAGCCAGGAGGACAUUAUGAAGAAGUUCAAAUUUUCGUCGAAUCAGAUUGUUGCCCCAAAGAGCGAAAAAUCUGUACCUAGAGAGUUUGAGCACCUUCAUGAAACUUCUCAGAAUACUUUCGGCAAGAGUGGCGACAUAAAGGGCUUAAUAGAAUGUAUUAGGGUGCUCCCUCCUCAGAAUCAUUCUGUUGUUAGGCCUGAGGAAAUUGUUGUUGACAGAAGUGUUGACAGAUAUAGUGGAAGAAAGGCAAGUAACAGCACCCAAGCACAAACUAACGAGCAGUCAACUGACAGGAAAAAAAGAAAGACUUCAUCUCAGGGUGUGAUUGGAAAGAAGGUUGGGAUAUCUAGUGAAGUCGCUGAAGAUCUCAACCCUGGUGAUGAUAGAUCAGAGAUCAGGAAUACUGCACCUCGUGAUUUCUUCAAGUCAAUAGAAACUGAAGAGCUUACAUCUUUGAGGGAAAUUGUUGCUGACAGAAAUGUUGACAGAUAUAGUGAAAGAAAGACAAGUAACAUCACCCAAGCACAAACUAACAAGCAGUCAACUGACAGGAAAAAAAGAAAGACUUCAUCUCAGGGUGUGAUUGGAAAGAAGGGUGGGAUAUCUAGCGAAGUCCUUGAUGAUCUCAACCCUGGUGAUGAAAGAACAGAGAUCAGGAGUACUGCACCUCGUGAUUUCUUCAAGUCAAUAGAAACUGAGGAGAUUACAUCUUUGAGGGAAAAUGGUAACCUGAACAAGGAUGAGGAUGCCUCUUUAUCUGAAAAAUUAUCUGAUGAAAACAAAUUGACUAUAAAGUUUGUGAAUGUAAAAGCUACAGAAGAUGAUGUCCGUGACUGUUUCAAAAGUUGUGGGGCUAUUACAAAAGUAGUGUUUCCAAGUGUCAAAUCAACUAAUUAUAAAGUUGCACACAUUUAUUUUGAGUCCAAAAAAGGAAGGCAAAAGGCUCUUGAAUGGUCUGAUGUGGUCAUUAAGAAUAUAGUAGUUGUGGAGGCCACUUUUCCUCCGAAAGGGAGAGAGAGGAUGUGUAUACCUGAUUUAAUUGGUUAUCCAGAAGUUCCCACCUCAUUGGUAAAGCAUCCUUCAAGGACAGUUAUGAUAAAAGAAUUGAAGCACAAUGUGUCCUUUCAUGACAUCGAAGAAGCUCUAGCCUUCUGCAGAAGCAACAUAACUGGAAUUUACUUUGGUUCAUCAAGCUCCGUUGCAUAUGUGGAAUUUGAGACAGUAGAGGGCAAAGAGAUUGCUAUUGCAAAGCAUUCAUUGACCAUGCUUGGAGAGACACUAUCAAUCUUGCGAAUCGAUGCACCAAGAACAACCAUUGUAAGGAUAUCAAAUAUCGCUAUCCCUUCCAGAGCCAAAGUGAUCUCCUUUUGCAAAAAUCUGGGACAGACUAGGCACUUCUUCAAGAAAGCUCUUGGCAUCAUGGACGUGCAUUUCAAACUCGCUGAAUGGCCAAGAAUGUUAGAGAUUAUAAACAGGCUGAACGGAACUGAAGUAGAUGGUCAGCAGUUGGUAGCUAAGCCUGCUCCGAUCUAUCCCCCAGAUGUCCUUAAGGUUCUCUGGAGUCAACCAGAGGGUAGAAAGCACUUGAAAACCACAUUCAACAGCAUGCUGCUGAAAGUAGGAGGAGGGAGUACAGUUGGUUUAACAGAACUUGUAGAUAAAUUUUAUGCUGAUGUACAAGAAACAUAAUUAACAUAAAGAUAGUAAGUUUUGUUCAUCAAAACAUACUGUAAAAGUCCCUGUGCAUUUACUCUCUAAUACUAUAAAAAAUAAAUAAAUAUAUAUA